AUGGCGAGUCGAGUUUCGGUCGAAACGUCAAGAGUUCCGUUCGAAACUCAAGUUCCGUUUCGUUCUCCAUGCUUAGUAUCGGUCCCGUUCGAUGCCUCUUUGCCGCAUUUGCCUCGCGUUUCUCUCGGCACCACCAGACUUCCAGUCGAAUUGCACUCAGAUCAGUCCGCCAUGGCGCCACCAGUGCUUACCCAUGACCUUGCUUUGGAGAUCCAGGACGCUAUGAUCCAGGAAUUUCUUCAGCCAGAUUUCCGAUACAAAUUGAGGGAUGCCUUGGAUGGCUCAGAAGGCGAUAUGGUGAAACAAGCCCAUGCCCGUCGAAAUGUGUGCUUAGCAGUAGAGAUCCCCUUGCUGGCGAAAUUUGGCUAUGAUGCUUCUGAAGAAGCUGUCCACCAGCACAGCUUGGCCAUGGCACCCCUGCUACGAGAUUGCCCUGACAUCGUGGAGAAGAACCAAAAACUGGUGCGAUUGGUGAACCCCACUAUGGAUGUGUAUGAGGAUGAUCACAUUACAGGGGACUGA